CAACCGGCCCCAUCACUGACGACUGAAAGGGAGGGGGACAUACACCGUCGUGUGGGGCGAAUAGAAAGGGGCUUCUCCACAGAUGACCCCGAGUCUUGUCGCCGUGGCUGGAGAGCAGGAGGUCCCGGACUUGGGACACUGACCAGCGGGAUCGAUUCUUCCGAGGCAGUGGGAACCUCCUAAUCUAUGCACUCUCCCACUGGUUUAAUCUUGCUGAGUGUUGGACACUCGACUUCCCACCUGCCUACACUACUCUGGGAGUUUCUGGCAUUGGAGAAAGUAGCACGAACUUCUUUUCCGAUCCUACAUCUGGACCAGUGACUGUUUCCUCCUGCCACCACAGCUCCAAGGAAAAACAAUGCCUUUGGGCAGCCUGCUUGGGAAAGCAUGGAAUUCCAGUCCCCUCAGCCUGCUGAGGCACUGCGCUGUGAGGGCAGCCACUCCUGCACCUUCGCACCUACACACCUCCUCGUGGAGAGCUGACAGCAGCAGGGCCUCACUUACUCGACUGCGCCGCCAGGCCUAUGCUCGCCUCUACCCUGUGCUACUGGUCAAGCAGGACGGUUCCACCAUCCAUAUCCGAUACCGGGAGCCACGGCGCAUGCUAGUGAUGCCCCUAGACCUGGAUGCCCUAUCUCCAGAAGAGCGCCGGGUCCGGUUCCGAAAACGUGAGGCUCAGCUUCUGCAGAAGAAGGAAGAAGAGCCAGAGAUGAUUGACAGUUUUGACACUGAACGAUACAAACGGUUUUGGACCAAGACCAAGAAGUGACUAUGUCAGGGCGUCACAUCAGAGACAUUUUGUAAGGAUGGGAGGCAUCUGUCUGUAAACCAUACCUUCUUGAAACCAUAGCCUCCUGUCACUGUCUUCCCUGUGUAAGUUCCGCCCUGAAGUUCAUCAUUUUGGGAAAGCAUGUGCCAGCUCAAAGCCAGAUUGAAAGGCCCUGGAGUUAGAACGGUUUAGGAUCCAUUUUGGUCAGAUCUGUGGAUUUUGUGUUUUGUUUUUUUAAGACAAAAGUUUCACCCUGAUUGGUCUAUAACUCCUAUGGAGACCAGGCCUGAUGCUGCCUCCUGAGUACUGGGAUUAAAGGUAUAUGCCAUUACACUCAGCUUCAAACCUCUGGGUUUUAAACACGGUUAAAAGGUUAGCUGUGAAGUAUAUGGACAGUGGACAGGAAGCUCUACCUGCCUACCCCUAGGAACCUCCAAGUUUAACUCCUAGAUCACACAUGGUCUGCAGUGAUCAUCCUCAGCCCCAACCUUUAUAGGUCCUUCCCUGAAAGGCUUCCCAGGGAGAAACACUUUCCUGCCCUUGGGUACCCAGGAAUGUGGCCAAGCUGUGUGUCUUUGUUUCUGAGGCAGACUUUCUCUGUGUAUCUGGCUGUCUUGGAACUUCCUCUGUAGACCAGGCUGGCCUCACACUCAGAGAUCCAUCUGCCUCUGCCUCCUGGAUUAAAGAAGUGUGCCACCACCACUGGCCAGGCUGUGUCUUGAACCCAUAGUCUACUCUAGUCUGCAGAAUAACUGGCCACACAAACCAAAGCCUAUAAACAGCU